GUGGACACACGGGAACUUUUAUUGUGCGCACCACGAUGUAAACAAUGUUAGCGGGUGUAAAUAAACCGACUGGAACUAGAGGUGCUACGUGAUGUAUACUGUUUAAAAGAUACAGAUAAUUGUUGGAGGAAAUUCAGCAGUGUCAGACACUCUGUCCCCUGUCUGCACCGCUAGCUCUAAGUGUUUCUGUAGCUGCUGAGUUGUUGAGUUGUAGAAGCGUGAGCAGCGUCUGCUGCUGUGAGGAGCGAUGGCAGCCGUGGACUCCCUGAUGAACCUGAGCGCUGUCAGUGUGGCCCAGAAUGCCGAGCAGUACAGAGACUGUAUUAGAACACUACCAUGCAGCGCCAAGGACAAGCUGGUCAGAAUAAUGACAGCUCAGGGCACAGUCACUGAUUCCAACAUAGACCAGGUGCUUCAUCCUGGAAUCCGCACACUGGAGCUGCAGAACUGCAACAUCUCAGACUCUGCACUUAGGAAAAUCCACUGUCCACAACUGAGGACAAUAUUACUCACAAGAUGUGUGCACAUCACAUCAGAAGGUUUGGAGGACCUGGCAUCCCACUGCCCAUGUCUUCAAGUGGUUGAUCUCACUGGAUGUACAGCAGUCACUGAUCAAGGAGUACAGGCUCUGGCCCGAAGCUGCAAGUGGCUAGAGGUCCUUUCGCUGAUGGAAUGCACCAGGAUCACUGAUGUGGCCUUGACUGAACUAGGGGCCAACUGCAGGUUUCUGUACAGCAUCUAUUUUGGUGGGACAAAUGUCACUGAUGAGGGUGUUCUAGGUCUUGCAACUGGAGUUUGCAGCCAAAGCUUAAAGAGAAAGUGUACAAAUAUUCUGAACCGCAUUUUCCUCAAAAAGGAAUUGCAGAUGGUACGAUGCCGUAACCUUACGGACAAGGCUGUGGCUGUUAUUCUGUCAAACUGUGCAAAUAUUAGGACCUUCAACUUCCAUGGAUGCCCACUUAUUACAGACAAAUCAAGGGAGGCACUUCAUAAUCUUAUUGGUCCAAAUAAGAUCCAGCAUGUCUCUUGGACUGUGUACUGAGAAGGAGCUUCAUUUCUGUUUUGAACCAUUUCCACCAAAAACCAUUCCACAUAUCUGUGUAAUUAAAGAUACAAACUAUAUGUGACAAUUCUGAGAGAGAAAAAACAAGUCUAAAUAAUUCCUGGAUGGAAUAAUUAAAAGUAAAGAAGAGGAUCUAAAAUAUCGUAAGAGUUUGGAAGAAAAACAUGUUAUGUAAAUCCUCUAAUUUGGGUGAUGUAAAUAUGCAUACUCUUUAUUUAACAUACAUAACACUACAUUUUUGUGUAUUUAUUUACUCAAAGUGCGUAUUGACUACAUAAAUAACAUAUAUGUUUUAAAAUUACUGUAUUUCUGCUGAAUCUUAUAUUUAAGUUAUGAGAAAAACAUUCAGAUAAGAUCUUUGUUUCAAAUAUGUUUUUGUUCAAAAUUAAUUAAAGAACAUUCCCAUU